AUGGCCAGAGCUACGCCGUUCUCCGGCCCCAAUGAGCCGCUGCACAUAUUUCAAGACGAUGUAUUCGAUCGAAGCGCUCCCAUGACGAGCCAUGCACCCAUGCCUUCGGUUACCAAGCCUGCUCGCCGCCCCCUGAGCAGUUCCAAUUCCAACAUUGUUCUCAACCCUCCAACAACCAACGGAAUGAGCCUGUCACCGCACAAGAUGAGAUCCUCGUCACCCCGAUCGCCAUUGAAGGCUUCGUCACAAGGCAACAAGCUGCACAUGGUGUCAAUGGCACCUCCCAUGGGCAGAGCGCCUACGACUGAUUCACUGCAGAAGAGGCCUCAUUUGUCUAAAUUCAAGACAGGUCCCCAGCGACCACACAUCGACAUGCUUAGCUUCGGAAAGGAGAACAUCCACCCGCAGAUUUUCCCUGCUCCCCCGACAAUCAACUUGUCUGUCGAAAACUAUUUCCAGAAGCCCCAUGGCAAGCGAGUAUUGAUGGAUGCUCCUCAGAUCAAAGACUCGAGGCCGGCCAAGAAGACCAAGACGGAGGAAGCUCUUCCUCCCCACGACUCAUUUCCUCCCAUCACCGACGACGGAACAAAGCCACAGCACAGUUACGCUCAGCUCAUUGGCAUGGCAAUUCUUCGAUCCCCCAUGCGUCGCCUGACUUUGGCACAGAUCUACAAGUGGAUCAGCGAUAAUUAUUCCUUCUACAACCCCAACGAUGCUGGAUGGCAGAACAGUAUCCGACACAACCUGAGUCUGCACAAAAACUUCAUCAAGAUAGAGCGACCAAAGGAUGAUCCUGGCAAGGGAAACUACUGGGGCAUCGAGCCUGGCACUGAAUUCCAGUUCCUCAAAGAGAAGCCCACCCGGAAGUCGGCACCUACAGCAGAAAAUCUCCCAGUCAUGUCUACACGCCUCGAACCGUCACGACCAGCGACAGCUCCCUUCCAAGAACCGACACUUCCUCCGCCAGCUCCCAUGCAACACUCGACACUGCCGCCCCUACCAACCUCGCAGGCUACGCAGCCCAUGCAGCAGGAGCUUUCGUCCGAUGCCACGAUCCCGAUUUCAGACAACAUUGGUCCGGAAGAUGUUGGAGAUAAGACAGCCGACAAUGAUCUGCCUCUUGAGUCGUCCCUCUAUUCUCCAUUGCCUGCCAACAUGCACUCUUCUCCGCCGGUGUCAAGGCACGUCGAAGCACGAAGCGGUACUCCGCCUCCCAUGUCUCGAAACCCAGCGUCCUCGAUAUCUCGAUCUCAUAAACGGAAGUUUGCUUCAAUGGACGACAGUGGUUACAUCUCGUCAUUGGAAUCCUCCGUAAUGCGGCCAAAUCAAAAGGCCCUGCUCCUUACUUCUGAGGCUGAUCGACCUCGCCUUACGCGUGGUCGUGCUGAGGAGGAAAUUGCUCGCAUUCGAAACUCAUCCCCUUUGAGCCCAACCAAGUCUCGCUCUCUGUCUCUCUAUGGUCCCGUUUCAUCCUCACCUUUGCGGCAGUCAAACGAACACCAUCAGACGCUACCGCCAUUGACACCCGUCGUGACAAUGAAACCUCCUGUCCGGCCACCUCCAUCAGCCUCACCAAACACAAACUUGCGCAUUCACCGUGAUAAGGUCCGGCAUAUGUUGCAAUCACCACUACGACGUGUGACUGGUAUUGGAGAGGAAAGCAUUCCGUGGAGUCCCGCGUUCAACCUUGAUGACUCUGUGUAUGCCUUUGAUGACAUGGGCCUGCCAUCAACGGAAUUCGACAUUUUCCAAGACUUUACAUCUAUGGAUGACCAUCUCUUCCCCGGGAUCGGCUCAGUCGAUGCUGGUUCGCCCGUCAAGCGUUCAGCCAAGCGAGCUCGAUUAGACAGAUCUGUCUCCACGUCGGCAUUAGGUGAAAUAUCAAACUCGGCUGUGAGAAAAUCGAUCACAUCUGCCCCGUUGCUCAAGGUCUCUGAGCAUUCCCCAUCACGUUUCCUUGAGACACCCAGCAAAGCUUUUGAGGGCAUGGGCUCCCCAUCCAAACUUUUCCAGCAGUCGCCGUCACGGCUGGCUUCUCCAAGCAAGUUCUCUGCAAUGUUAGAGCUUUCAGUUGACCAUGAUUGGCCGACGCUGGGCAUUGACCCGAGUGAUUUCGGCUCUCACAGCAACAACGGAAAUACAGACUUCACUGGCCUAGAUAUCUUGCAAGGGUUUGAGAAGAUUGGAUCUGGAUCACAGUCUUCAAGACCACAGCAACAGCAAAAGGGCAGUAAGCCAUCCCUUAGUCGAAGCUACUCUACCGCCUUCUAA